GGCAAAUCAAUAAAUACAUUCGUUGAGAGCGAACGCGCUGCGCAAAAGUGAAAAUCUAUUCAACGAACGCAUAAAAAAGACAGCGCACCAAAAAAAAACAAAGAUCAAAACAAAACAAAAAAAGCAAAAACACAAGACACACAAAAUCGUUUGCCACUCACCUGCCUCUCGCCCAUUUGCAAUACUUCUCGCCAUGCGCCGCCGCCUACUGCAAAACUUGUAGAACUCAAGAUGAAAGCCAGUACGCUGCUUACCUUUUCUGCUGUGCUCUGCGCCUGCCUCUCGCUGAGCGCCGCCUGCUCCUCGCGUGCCAUAGCCAAGCCUCGCCCGGAGGCAACGUCGACAUCGCCUCCGCCCGAUAAUGUCAUCGCACUGACCACCACAUCGAGGCCGAAUAUCACGUUUCCCAUCUACAGCUGCCCGCCCACAUAUGCCGCCUGGUAUUGCCUAAAUGAUGCCACCUGCUUCACCGUGGAGAUUCACAAUGAGAUUCUGUACAAUUGCGAAUGUGCGCUGGGUUUCAUGGGGCCACGCUGCGAGUACAAGGAGAUCGAUGGCUCCUAUCUGCCCACACGCAAUCGCGUAAUGCUGGAGAAAGCGAGCAUUGUGAGUGGAGCUACGCUCGCCGUCAUCUUCAUGGCCAUUUGCUGUGUGGUGCUCUAUUUGCGACACGAGAAGCUGACCAAACAGAAGCUGCACAGCAACGGGAAUGAUGUCGGCGAUCUGGGCUUCGAGAAUGCGGGUGUUGAUCAAGUGGAUGGCUUUAAGUCAUUGCGCAUAGCGCGUCGUCCCUUUGGACCGCACCAUUGUCGUAUCGUCACAUUGGAGGAGGCCUAUCGCCAGUCAGCUGCCAGCCAUGAGCGAGCCAGGCACUAACUACUAAUCUUUAAAAUUGUUUAACUGUUUUCUUUUUUAUUAUAUAUAACUGAUUUAUAUCUUUAAUUAAGCGAUUCCAUCGAAGUGCCUAUCGAUUAUGCAGCUAAGGCAAUAAGUAUUAUUAACUGAAAUGCAAUGCAAUGCAAUUUUGGCAGCUAGCCGCCCAUUUAAUAAUAAUACUAAUUUAA